AUGCUUGCCCUUUCAACGCUAUUAUUGCUGGUUCCUUCUGUCCUCUCCGCACCGCUCUUUGGGAUAAAUUUGGAUGACUUCUUCGACAAACCGGCGGACUCUACUACAAAAGACUCCCCGGCCAUUUCCCUCGAUGAUGUCAAAUCGACUCUCCUUCGACCCGCUCAGUUUGCUCGAGCGGCUUACUGCUCUACCAAGUCGCUUACCUCUUGGACGUGUGGCGAACCUUGCAAGUCAUUGGGCAAAGUGAACUUUUUGCAGUCGGGUGGAGACGAAGGCCUUGUUCCGCUAUACUUCAUUGCCCACGACCCGACAGAUAACGCCAUCGUUGUCUCCCAUGAAGGCACGGACUCGAAGAACAUCGUCUCUAUCAUCAACGAUGUCAAAUUCACGAUGGCGGACCUGAAUGCGACGCGGUUCCCGCAAUUUGCUACUCUCGGUGUCAAAGUCCACAGCGGAUUCCAGGAUACCUUUGAGCGCACGGCCGAUGGACUUCUUGCUGGUGUUCUCAAGGCGUUAGAAAGCACGGGCGUGAAGAAGGUCUCUGUCACAGGCCACAGUCUCGGCGCCGCUGUUGGGACCAUGACUGGCCUGUGGCUCAAACAGAAAGUGGACCCCUCGGUCAAGGUUACUGUUGCCGGAUUCGGCCUCCCUCGAGGUGGCAACCAGGCUUGGGCUGACCUGCUCGACAAGGAGGUUGGCGUGACCUUCAUGACCAACCAGAAUGAUCCCGUUCCGACCGUCCCGCCUCUUUUCCUCGGCUUCCAACACCCUCAAGGCGAGAUUCACAUCACCGACGACAGCCAAAAGAACUUUAUCAAGUGUGCUGGACAAGACAACGAAAACUGCGCGACCGGCAACUCGCUUCUGUCAGUCAGUGUUAGUAACCACAAAGGACCAUACUUUGAGGGCAUUUCUUUCGGUCACUCAGCUUGUCCGGAGGGUAGGGCUUGA